AUGAUAAUUCGAAUCGGCGGUCGCUUGGGACACUCUGUUCAAUCUGAGGAUUUUAAACAUCAAAUUUUGCUUCGUAAUUCUCACGCACUAACCAAGUUGCUGUAUGAUUCCUAUCAUCUUCGACUGCUGCACGCCGCGCCUCAGCUAUUAAUGAAUGUCGUUCGAUUACGCUACUGGGUGCUAGGUGGCCGAAGUUUAGCGAAGCAGGUCGUGCGUCAGUGUGUCACUUGUGUACGUGCUCGACCAAAACGGAUACAACAAUUCAUGGCUGAACUCCCUGCAGCACGGGUGACAGCAUCACGCCCAUUCUCAGUAACUGGUAUAGACUUUUGGGGACCUGUUCAGCUUCAACCUCGUCAUCGACGGGAUGCUCCACGAAAAUCCUAUGUUGCUGUAUUCGUACGUUUUGUGACGAAAGCGGUUCACUUGGAGCUGGUCAUGGAUUUAAGCACCGCUAAGUUCAUGCAAGCAUUUCGACGAUUUGUAUCGCGACGAGGACUGUGCUCUGAUGUCUAUACUGACAAUGGCCGCAAUUUCCUAGGCGCAGCUAAUGAACUCCGACGGUUUAGUCAAAGCAGUGAAUACAAGGAUAAACUGUCCAGAGAAUGCAACGACAACGGAAUCAGAUGGCAUUUCAAUCCGCCAAAGGGUUCUCACUUUGGGGGUUUGUGGGAAGCCGCUAUAAACUCGGCACAAAAGCAUGUAAUUCGUGUGCUCAGGGGCACACUUUAG